AUGUCCUUCCGCACAGCGCUGCCCAGAAGCCUCGCUUCUGUAGCCCGAUCAACAGCAACCACUGCCCGUGCCUACCGCCAAUCCCCCUCCAGCCAGACAAUAGGAGCAUGCCUCUACUCCUAUCGCCGUAGCAGCAAUUGCUCGAUGGCCAACAAGAGCCAACAGACCCGCUCAAUGGCUACCACCACCGCUGAGCAUGCAAUUGCCAACCCGACUCUGGCUGGCAUUGAGAAGCGCUGGGAGGCCAUGCCGCCGCAGGAGCAGGCUGAGCUGUGGAUGCAGCUGAGAGAUCGGAUGAAGGUUGAUUGGCAUGAAAUGACCUUGCAGGAGAAGAAGGCGGCCUACUACAUCGCCUUCGGUCCCCACGGCCCCCGCGCCGAAACUCCCAAGGGCGAAGGCCUCCGCGUCUUCGUGCAAGUUAUGAAAUACCUCGUCAUCUCCGCCGCCUUCUUCUUCACCGUGCGCGCGUUCGCCAACCCGCCGCCCAGGACGAUGACCAGGGAGUGGCAGGAGGCUACGAAUGAAUAUGCCAAGAGAGAGAAAAUGGACCCCAUCACUGGUAUCAGCAGUGAAGGCUACACGGGCAAGGGCCACAUCCAGAGCCCCCCGGCUAAGAAGGAACAGUAG